AGUCGUGGUUUACUAGUUUGUGGAGGGUCCCUGUCUCAUCUCCAUGACAACAAUAAAGGAAACUUAUUUUAAUUCUGCAGAGGUGUUCAGUCUCUUAGCAACAGCAUCAGCACCACACACACACACAGAAAUACAGUAUACCAGCGCAUGUCAUGGUUAACAGAAACAGGUUGAAGUGUGUUGGAUAAGAGAGAAAAAAUCUGUUUGGAGGAGGAGACUGGUAACAUCACUGCAGUAAGGGUUUGGGAGAGAGACGGAGAGGGAGAGAGAAGGAGAGAGAGAUGAGAAUUGCCGCAGCAGCAGAGGGAGAGCCCGAACAAUGUCACAGUGACGUGGUUUGACCACAGCCUCUGAGACGUCCUGUGAUUGUUGGGAGGGGAUGAUUGCAACCGGGGGCCUCCUGAGGAUCAAUGCUCGGCGCCAGGACUCGGCAAAGACACACAAAACACACACACACAAGAGAAGAAAGAAGAAGAGGAAGACAGAGACAGUCGUAGUGAAGGCAAAGUUAAAGCUCUGCUCGCUCUCGGGUCUCGUGGCGGCACUCGGACUUGUGGUCCUACUGGUGGGUGGGGUCAUGGCAGCUCUGGGUUACUGGCCAAAAGAGGGCCUGCUUUUUACAGCACAACCACAGGAGGGCACUGCUGUCGCUUCUGUUUUGUCCUUCAAUUUCACCCGUCCCAUUGAACAGGGAGGAGAGAGGGAGAACGAUCUACAGACAUUAGCGGAGCUGGACAGAGGGGACAAAGACGGUUCCUUUAACGGGACAAACCAGCGGUGGCAAGCUUAUCUGAGGGAGUUCCUGGACAGAUAUCUGUGCUCUGAUAGGCUUAAAGUCUUUGGUCCUCUCAUAAUGGGAUUAGGCAUCUUCCUCUUCAUCUGCGCAAACGCUGUGCUGCAUGAGAAACGCGAUCGGAAGUCAAAGGUAAUCAACCUUCAUGACGUGUACUCGACUGUCAUAGACCUCCACAGCCUGAGACCGCCAGUCCAUCAAUCAUCAGCUAUCUCACUUAAUGGUUUGGUUAAUUAUGUCCAACUAAAAAGCCUGGAAUUCAAACAGAAUACCUCGCCCACCUCCCUGGAGGGAGAGGUGGGAGGCAGACCUUUGUUAAGCAAACCAGGGGGAAAUGAAUUGGUCUUCAGUGUCUGUCAGCGAACUGAGGACUCUCGCCCCCUUAGCUUAAGCAACCCUCCUUGUACCCCAUGUGGCCAUACACUGCAAAGAGGCUUUUUCACCCUACCCCUACGUCGUCCGCCGCCUCGCACACCUCGCAGAACACUUUCAGACCAUGACGACGCAAGAAGUGACCGUAAAGAAGGGCGAGGGGACGGUCAAGGCCCAUGCUCCUUCCCCUUACCACUUCCGUUUGUCCAAAAGGGCCAAUCAGCAGCGCCCUGCAGUUUGUGCAGUCUACAAGACGAGGCUGAUGGAGACUCCAGGGCCAACCUCCUUUCUGGUUACACUCUCAGCCCGUCUUCUUCCUCCUCCUCCUCCUCAAAAAUGACAAUCACUCCAACCCGUAGGAGUCGAAGCCUGUCAGAAAGAACCUACAGUGGACUAAAGGAACAGCUGACCACCUCGCCGGAGCUGACGUCAUCCCAAAGGUCAGAGGUAGUGACAACACCAAAGAAGGAACGGAUGUUGUCGCGGGGGGAUUCUGGCUAGAGAUUGGACGAAGUUGCCUGGCAGCCUAUAAGUGGCGGCACAAAAUAUCGAACACUUGCAGCUGUUUGGUGUUUUCAAUCAAAUACUGUACUGUAAGGGAGCUUAACCUGUAUGUGGUUACCACUU